CACAAGUUGAUAUAGAGUACACUGCUGGAGCGUGGUAAUGUCCUGCUGAGAGUUACAUUCAUACAUCACCUGAAUGUGUAAUACACGCUCGUAUAUUUCAUGCGAGAUAAAACCUAUAUCACACUGACCUGGAUCUAGCUGUAACUCAUAGCAGUGGAGGCUUAUAACUCAAGAACACAGAAUAAAGCCAGUCCAAGUUGGAAGUGGGCAUCAAUGUGACACCAAGGCUGGGGAUUAGUUAAGGCUCCACACAGCUUUCACGAUGCCGCUGUCAGACUAGGCAGUAUAUAGUAGUCCCAACGAAACAAACUCUUAAUUACCUCCCUUGUUAGCGAUCGGACAAAUAUGGAGGCUUUCAGAAUGCGGUCCUCCAAGUUCCGCCAUGUUUUCGGCAAACCAUUUCGUAAGGAGAUGUGUUUUGAAAAUAUUCGCAUCACAAAGAACGCUCACGAUGGUUGCUUCUGUGCCGUCAACACGAAGAACAUUGCUGUCGUCACGGAGAAUGCAGGGGGCGGAGCCUUCGUCGUACUUCCUGUCAAUCAGGGAGGUCGAGUGGACAUGAACAUCCCCAAGGUCAGCGGCCACUCUGGCGCCAUCUUGGACAUAAAGUGGAACCCCUUCGACAACCAAGUCAUCGCCUCGGGGUCAGACGACUCCACAGUGAAGAUCUGGCAAAUACCCAACGAAGGUCUCUUCUCCAACCUGAGCGAUUGGCAGGUGGAUCUGCACGGACAUCAGCGACGGGUCGCUUACAUCGAGUGGCAUCCCACCGCCUCCAACAUACUGCUGUCUGCAGGCUACGACUUUAAGUGUUUCAUCUGGAAUGUGGAGCAGGCGGAGCCUGUGAAUGUGAUUGGUUGUCACACAGACACCAUCUUCUCCAUCGCUUGGAGCAGGGAGGGAUCCAUGUUCGCCACAACCUCCAAAGACAAGAAACUGCGUGUCAUAGACCCAAGGUCAACCAAUGUCAUCGCGGAGACGACGGGUCACGUAGGCAACAAGGCAUCCAAGGUGGCGUUCCUGGAGGACUCCAUGAGGCUUCUCACCACCGGCUUCUCCCGCCAGUGUGACCGGCAACUAGCAGUCUGGGACAUUAGGAACAUGACAACUGCACAGAGAAUAGAUGGCAUCGACUGUUCCAAUGGAGUUAUACAGCCUUACUACGACCCAGACGUGCGGGUGGUGUUUUUAGCAGGGAAGGGGGAUGGCAAUAUCAGGUACUUUGAGAUCACAGACGACUCGUCGUACUUUCAUUACUUGAGCGAAUACAUGUCCUCGUCACCGCAGAAAGGAAUUGGUCGGAUGCCCAAGGUGGGGUGUGACGUCACAAAGUGUGAGAUACAGAGGUUCUACAAGAUCCACGCUGCCAAGAACUUGCUGGAACCCGUGUCCAUGAUUGUUCCCAGAAAGUCAGAGCAGUUCCAGGAAGACAUCUUCCCCCCGACUGCCAGCACCAUUCCCUCGCUGUCCGCAGACGAGUGGGUCAGCGGUCAGAACAGAGAGCCGAUACUGGUGUCCCUCCAGGACGGCACAGUUACAAAUACACCCAAAGUGUCGACGUCUAGGCCCGUACAACGACAGGACGGCGCCAUGCAGGCCAACCCGGUGAUAACAACCUACACAGCCGUCACACGCCCAGGAAGCAAUCGACCAAUCAAACGUGCCAACACAAUUGCCUCCUCGACAGUCCCGAAUAAUGUUCCUGCAGCGGAACCUGCCUCUCUUAAAAACAUCAAGCGCCUGAGCAUAAAUGAGGACAUAGUAACAAUAGAGGAAACUUCUCAUACUCUAAGUCAGAAACGAGCGAUGUUUGAACAAACGACGAAUAAUAACAACAAUAAAAACACACCCCAAACCGGCCCUGCCGAUCAGAACUCGCAGUACCAGAAGAAGGUGUGGUCACCGGUGUCACCAUCGUCGCCAGCAACUACGACGACGGCCAACGGCUUGCCAGGCACAGACUCAGAGCAAGGGUUAUCUCCCUUCAAGCCACACAGUGAUGUGAGCAGAUUAGAGUUACUUCCCAUGCCGGGGAAUGAGAGUGUAGAAUCAGAUGCCGUCGAAUGGAGGACAAAUGAAGCGUAUCAGCGAAGAAAACGCCCCCUUUCGUCCAAUUCCACUCCACCAAAAUCCACGUCCUCGUACAACAGUCUUGCUAAGCUAGUCAUUGGGGACCCAUCCCCACAAUCACAGAGCAACAAAAUCCACGUGAGAAAAGUGUGGCACAUGCAGCCAACCACCACCUCCCCUUGCCCACCGACUGACCAUAACGGCCAUAACUUUCAGAAUGACAUAGAGCUGAAGAAGGCUUAUUUCCGCCAACAAGAGGAGCUGAACAGUCUGAAAGAGCAGCUCCGGCUCAAGGACAAGCGCAUCUCACAGCUCGAGGACGAGGUGCAACGACUCCGCGGCAAAGAUGGAGAUCAGGGCGAGAGUAACUGUUGAUUCAUGGGAGAUGUGUCCGAAUUCCACAAACAUAUUAUUUCCAUGGAAAUGAAAAGAUAAUGUAGGAACUGUAUUGGUCAGUAUGAAGUGAGAGAUUUCGGAGGGGUUUAUUGGCCCUUUGACACAAACAUAAAAUCAUGUAUCGGGUAAAUUUACUUCCUGUGUUAGAUAUAUUCUGAUGAUGCUGACAAAUCUCCACCCAGUUGUUGAAUGUCUACUGCCACAGGGACUCCACCAUGCCUUGCACAUGUUGGGCAGGUUCAUCAACAUGAAAAGGGUGUGGCAUGAAUUAUUCGCUAAACCAUACUCUCAUCCACCAUUUGUUGGAUAACAAACUUUCAACUCCUGUUAACACAAACACCAAGAGACCGUUAUAACCUCUUUAUGUUAUAACCCUCUUUUGUUAUAUCCUACUUUUCAUUAUGUCUUUUAUAUAUCCUAGUUUGUUGCAUUCAGAGCUCAUUGAUUUUUUUCUGGGGCUGGGACGAUACACCAACAGUGGAUCCGAUACGUAUCAUGAUACCUAGCUUAGGAGCCAAUACGUAUCACAAUACUUGCAUGUGCUCUUAUCUGUGGUGCGAAAGCCAUCUGUUUCAUAAUCAGGAUGGGCAAAUACCUGGCACUUGGCGAUUUUUUUUGGAUUUUUUGUUUAUUUGAUUUUUUAUUGUUUUAUUAUUAGGCACCUGGCAAUCUACAGAUAGUAGUGUCAAGUAUGGUGCAAUGGAUGGAAAUAUGUACGUUUUCGCUACUAAUUUUCACUACUGAUUUGUGUUUGCUGUAACAGUUAUAAAAGCAAACAUUUAAGGUGAGAAUCAAUAUUUUUUAACUUAGUGUGCGACUGUGAUUGAUAUUUGUAGCGAGAAGUAAACAAUUGAGGCAUUGGUGUAUCGUCCCACUACUAGACUUUUCAUCCCUAUAUCAUGAGGUUUGAAUCUUGAAAAGUUACUGAGACUUGACAUCAGCUAUAGAGACCAGGGCCCAUUUGCACAAAGCGAUCUUAGCUCUAAGAUGAUCGUAACUCCCAUGCUUUAACAUAGGCUUACAAUAGUCCUAGCACUAAGAUCGCUUUGUGCAAGUGGGCCCAGAUCAGCUUCAGAAUACCGACACUGUAGGAGUGUGAUCACAUUACAAAGCAGUUCAUGCAUGUGUUUUGGACGCUGUAGAAUCAGAAAAAUUCAUUUUUGAAGCAGAUUGUACCGGACGUUUUUCAUUUAUGUUACAUGACAUGCUUGGAAGUAUUUUGCAAAAUACACCUUGGCAGUGAGGUUAUCAACAGAUACACUUGUCCAAUAGCCAAAUGCUAGGAGAUGUAAUAAUUGAAAAAUAUGUAUUGAAAGUCACCUCAUUUGGAUAAAAUUAUGUUUUUAGCUUUAGGGUAAAUAUAUGCUGUUUUGUAGUUUUCAAGCAAGUUUUCUGUGGGAGAAAGGAUUGUUUUGUAGCAUUUAUGCUGUUAGCUACUUGAAAACUGUGCCUGUUAAACCAUAGCUAUCUUGACAUUGAUGGAAGUCAUAUGGGUCAAGGUCAAGGUCAAAGUUAUGUGGUGUGAAUGUCAAGGUUAUGUGGUGUGAAGGACAAAGUCAUGUGGUGUGAAGGACAAAGUCAUGUGGUUUUACGGUUAUGUGUGUAGGUCAAGGCCAUGUGAUGUGAAGGUCAAUGUUAUAUGGUGUGAAGGUCAAGGUCAUGUGAUGUGAGAUGGUCAGUGAUUCACUGGUUGAUGUAAUGAUUUAACCGUAUUAUGGGCUUGGAUGUAAGUGUUUCUCUGGGAUUAAACUUCUUGUUACAAACAAGUAUCAACAUUGUGUCAUGUGAACAUCUUCAGGCACCUUGACAUAAUACAACAUAGAGAGCUGGUUGGCUCAAUAAGGGUGAAAAAAUACAUGGUUGAUAUGGAAAAUGUUUGAAAGUGGUUGAUACAGGAGUAAUUUUUUCAACUUAUUUUGAUCUUCAUAGCCCUAUUGUUUAUAUAGCGUGCUGCUGUAUUAGAAACAGACAUGGAGGAUACAGGUAUCCGGUAUUCUGUAAGUUUAUCGUCAUGGAAACAGGCUUGAUCAGGUAAUGGUGACUACAAGAAACGUUGGUUCCUGUCCUAGAUGCGUUCUUUCUGGUGCUUUUAGUUGUUUAGAGACGAGGUGACAUAUUUGCCAUUACUAUCAGGGAUGUACCAUAGACGGCCAUGUUCCGUUCAAGUUGACAGUUUAACAAGCUGAAGUAGUUCUCAACAUACCUCAGUUGGGUCAGGGAGAUUCUAACCAUUGUCUGGAAUAUACUGAUGGGCAAUAGUGAAGUGAACAAGCUGAUUGUGAGUGCUCAGUGACAAGCAUUAACAACAUUAAAAAUGUCUGGUGUAGCACUUGCCGCCAAAUUUCAAUCCACCAGGGUAUGUGUAUGAUGUAGGGUAGCAUAGUGGUUAAAGUGUUUGGCAGCCUGGGUUCGAUUCCACCAGGGUAUAUAUGUGGUGCCAAUUGUGGUUGCCCUCUGUCACGACUUGAAUUUCCAAAUGAUGGCUAAAAACAUGAAUCCAUAAUCUUUAUGUCUGUUUCAUUAUUGUUUUCCAUCAGUAUAGCCCUGGGUAAUCCGUCUUGAGUCUCUUCUCCAUUCCCAAAUUUGUGAAUAUUUCAAUAUUUCUGUUAAUCCUUUACAUUCAUUAAAUUGAUGGCAUUGAUUAAAGGUCGACUUGAAGUUUCACAAACAUCAGCUCCCUUGAAAUUCUUUGAGGGCAUGAUUUUCUCUGUAGUCUGAGGAAUCACAAUUCUUUCUGCAGAGUUGCGUCCCUUAGGUGUACCAGAAACCAAAAAUUCUUACAAAUCCUCUACCUCCAUUACAUCACUUUUCUCCCACAUCAAGCCGACACGUCAUGUAACUGAAAUACUGUUCAACAAAACUCUCUGCAAGGGUUGUUCUAGCACAUAUAACUCUGCUAUUACUGUUUAACUGCUGACUAGUCAUGUCUUUUUGACAAAUAUCAUCUUGACAAACCUGAACGUUUUAGUUGUAAAGUAUUCAGCAUGACAUUUUCCUCUACAAUCUCAUUAAAUUCAGAUCUUAGUUCUGGCUAUUGCUAAACAAAGAUCUGAGGACAUCCCAUUACGGGUCACGUCAGACCGACCUUGCACGAAUUUUGACAUUAGCCAAUCAGAACGCAGCU